GGGCGCGCUUUACGGCUCCGCGGCGGGGGGCGGGGAAGAUGUCUGAGCGGGCUGAUCCCCCGGCGGCGGCGGGAGCGGGGAGCGAGAUGCCGGCCAAGAAGCAGAAGCUGAGCAGCGACGAGAACAGCAACCCCGGGGACCUGUCGGGGGACGAGAACGAUGAUGCUGUUAGUAUAGAAAGUGGUACUAACACUGAACGCCCUGACACCCCAACAAACACUCCCAAUGCACCAGGAAGAAAAAGCUGGGGAAAAGGAAAAUGGAAAUCGAAGAAGUGCAAAUAUUCCUUUAAAUGUGUAAAUAGUCUGAAGGAAGACCACAGUCAGCCAUUGUUUGGAGUCCAGUUUAACUGGCAUAGUAAGGAAGGAGAUCCAUUAGUGUUUGCCACUGUAGGCAGCAACAGAGUUACUUUAUAUGAAUGUCAUUCCCAAGGAGAAAUCCGUUUAUUGCAGUCUUACGUGGAUGCUGACGCAGAUGAGAACUUUUAUACUUGUGCAUGGACCUAUGAUAGCAAUACAAGUCACCCUCUUCUGGCUGUGGCUGGGUCAAGGGGUAUUAUUAGAAUAAUUAAUCCCAUUACAAUGCAGUGCAUAAAGCACUACGUGGGUCAUGGAAAUGCAAUCAAUGAACUGAAAUUUCAUCCAAGGGAUCCAAAUCUCCUCUUGUCUGUAAGCAAAGAUCAUGCACUGAGACUGUGGAACAUCCAAACUGAUACGUUGGUUGCAAUAUUUGGAGGAGUAGAAGGGCACAGGGAUGAGGUCUUAAGUGCAGAUUAUGACCUUCUUGGUGAGAAAAUAAUGUCCUGUGGUAUGGAUCACUCUCUGAAACUCUGGAGAAUCAAUUCAAAGAGAAUGAUGAAUGCCAUUAAGGAGUCUUAUGAGUACAAUCCAAAUAAAACCAACAGGCCUUUUAUUUCUCAGAAAAUUCACUUUCCUGACUUUUCCACCAGAGAUAUACAUAGGAACUAUGUUGACUGUGUACGAUGGUUAGGAGAUCUAAUACUUUCCAAGUCUUGUGAAAAUGCUAUUGUGUGCUGGAAACCUGGCAAAAUGGAGGAUGAUAUAGAUAAAAUCAAGCCCAGUGAGUCAAAUGUGACUAUACUGGGGCGAUUUGAUUACAGUCAGUGCGAUAUCUGGUAUAUGAGGUUUUCAAUGGACUUCUGGCAAAAGAUGCUUGCAUUGGGCAAUCAAGUUGGCAAACUUUAUGUUUGGGAUUUGGAAAUAGAAGAUCCUCAUAAGGCUAAUAGCGCCCAGAGGCCCCAGUCGGGUUGGGGCCGCAUUGUGCUGGGCACUGUACGUAGAUACAGUAAAAGAAAGUCCGUGCCUCGAAGAGCUUACAGAGUAAUUAGGAGGAAAGUUUACAAAGUAAUUGAGAGGAGACUUACCAGAUGUACGACACUUACCCAUCCUAAAUGUGCUGCUGCCAUUCGACAAACCAGUUUUAGCAGGGAUAGCAGUAUCCUUAUAGCUGUUUGUGAUGAUGCCAGUAUCUGGCGCUGGGACCGACAACGAUAAAUUACUUUUUUUUAAUUAAAAGUAGAAAAUACAUUGGUUUACAGUGUAACCUGUUAACUAGCUUCUACUGUAGUUGCGUUUAGAAUAGUUUUUCCCACUGUUCAGUUGGCCGGAGCUGAACUUAGUGAUGUUUACAUUCUUUGUACUGUUGUCCUGCUCAGACUCUGGUGCUUUCAUUAAUAAAAAAUAUUUUUGUAAAGCUU